AUGCAUAUUUCUGGUUACAUUUCUCUUCUUUCACUUGAUUCUUUCACUAAAACUAUCUUUUUCUUUACUUUUUUUCCUUUUUUCAUCUUCCAUUUCUUUCUUUAUCCUCUCUCUCUUUCCAUUUCUUUAUCUAAUUUUUAUCUUUUAUCCUUUUUUAUUUUUGUAUGUCAUCUUUUCUAUUUUUUCAUUUCUUUCUUUAUCUACUCUUUCUUUUUCUACUUUUUCUUUAUUUCUUUCUUUUUCCAUUUAUUUCCUUAUAUACUCUAUCUUUUCCAUUUCUUUCUUCACCUACUCUUUCUUUAUUUCUUACUUUUUCCAUUUCUUUAUCCACUCUUUCUUUCUUUUUCCAUUUCUUUAUCUACACUUUCUUUUUUCAUUUCUUUCUUAAUCUAUUCUCUUUUUACUUUUCUUCUCUUUCUUUUCCAUACCUUUCUUUUUCCAUUUCUUUAUCAUCUUGGUCUUUUUCUGUUUCUUUUUCUGUUUGCUUUUUUUCAUUUCUUUUUUUUUCAUCUUUCAUUUGUUUCUGCAUCUUUUUUUUUCCUUUCUUUCAUUUUUAUCUUCUCUCUUACCUUUUCCAUAUCCUUCCAUUUUUAUUUCUUUCUUUUAUCUUCAUUUCUUUUCUUAUCUUUCUUCUUCAUUUUCUUAAUUCUGUACUCCUUUUUUCCUUGCCCAUUUUUUCUUUCAUUUUUGUUUACCUUUUCUGUUUAA